GGUUGCUAAGGAGUGGGUGCUCAGAACUAGGCUGCAAUGGGCAUUGUGUGUGCACAAUAUUCCUUUAUUCUGCUGCUGUCCAUAAUAAGGGACCCGCCCGCCUCACUUCCUCUUCUGCCCAUUGAGCAGUCGAAGAGCUGAAAGUCCUUAUAAGCCUGUGCACCUGGGCCUGAGCCCUACAGAUAAGGUAGCUGCUAUUGCUAUGGCCCGCAUCAUCGACCUGGUGCCCUGGGACGAUGGCUCCACUCAUGUGUAUGCCUCCCCGGCCAUCCUGCUUCCUGUGGAGCGGCAGCGCAACCAGCUGGCGGGCGUGAAGCAGCAGCUCUACCACCCGGCCCUGCCCACCCUGCGCCACAUGGACAGGGACACUGUCAAGGCUUGCCUUCCUGAUGAGCACUGCCAGUCCACCACCUACUGCCGCAAAGAUGAGUUUGACAACGCCCAUUUUACCCUCCUUGGGAUCCCCAACAAACCCCUGCAGUGCUUGGACAUCACCGCAACAGGCCAGAAGCUCCGCCACAGGUACCAGGAGGGAAAGCUGGCACCCAUCGCGCCGGGCAUCAACCGAGUGGACUGGCCCUGCUUCACGCGCGCCAUAGAGGACUGGUCCCGCUUCGUGUCCUCGGCCCGGGAGUUCAAGCUGCCCUGCCUGAGCAAAAGAGUGGAGGGUUUCAGCGGCUACGCGGUGCGAUACUUGAAGCCGGACGUGACCCAGAGCUGGCGGCAGGGAGCACUGUGUGGGGCGUGGCAGGGCGUCCGUGCUCCCCCGACUCACUCCCCUGCUGCCCGCCGCAGUACUGCCUCAACCAGAACCCCAGCCUGGACCGCUACGGACAGAAGCCCCUGCCUUUCGACUCCCUGAACACUUUCCGAAGCUUCGGCUCCAGCUACAGUCGUGUCAACUACCUGACCCCCUGGCAUUAAUUUCUGGAAAGGAGGCUGCCAGACUAUGCCAUCUCAGGUCCCUUGGCCGGACCAAGGACUUAUGGUGGCACCAGCCAUCUCACCAGUAAUUCAGCCUAACUAGAAAUAAACGUAAUGCUCCCUUAGAGAGACACACAAUUGUGUGUGUGCGUGUGUAUAUGUGUUGCAGAGACUGGGAGGGGGUCAGGACCAUAGGAUGACAGUAUCUUACCCUUAGCUGCCCUGUGCCAACUUCUGGAGGACGGGGGGGGGUGGUGCUGGAGAAAAAUGUUUGGUGACCCUGGAGAUUCAGGGUGUAAGCCCCAAGGUCUAGCCAGAAUUGAGGUGUAAGAGCAAGAGAUGUGUUCCUGCCCCCAUGCCUGCAGCCCCACACCCAAGCCCCUUCCACUUCAGAUCCUGUAUUUGAGCCCUAAGGAGAGAGGGAGGGGGCUAGAAAGCUAUUUUUAGGUGCCUUUUUGAAGCUCUUGUCAUACUGGUGUGCACUGGGAGGGCCUUUCCUAUGCCUAGGGUCCCUCUGAAGGUGUCGGGGCAGGCUGGAGCAAGGGGAGCUGGCCUGGCCUAUGGCCUUGAUUCCUGUGAAGCAACAAAACGUAGAACUUAAGUUUGCAUGAGAUGCUAUGAGGUCACUCAGAGAAGAAAGUUCUCUGCUCCCCAAAGCAUGACCAAUAAACAUAUCAUCUAAGCAAAAA